ACAGCAAUUCAUGAAAUACUUCCGGCGGUGGCCGAGAAGAACUCGUCGAUGAAAUACUUCAGUUUUGGCGCUCAUGUGGUGCCCGAAGGACAUGACAUACCAUCGCAACCAUUGCAUGAGCUGUUGGAGCAGUCGUCGAGCAAAGACCCGAUCACUCUAUCGAAGGGCAACUUCAGUGAUAAACUGUAUUACAUAUUCACGUCGGGAACCACUGGUCUGCCCAAAGCCGCGGUUAUCCGCAACCAUCGGUUCGUAUGGAUGGGAGUCAUCAUUAGGUCGUUGUUUAGCUUCGACCACAACGACAACCUCUACCUAACACUACCCCUGUAUCACAACAACGCCGGUACUAUGGGCUGCGCUCAGGCCGUCCUCUUCGGCAUUACACUGACUUUGAGGGAGAAGUUCUCGGCCUCUAAUUUCUGGGACGACUGUAUUAGAUAUAAAUGCACUGGUGCGAUGUAUAUCGGAGAGAUAUGCCGGUAUCUAUUGGCACAGCCGGAGAAACCGGUGGACAGGCAGCACAACCUGAGGAUUAUGUUUGGGAAUGGAUUACGAAAGAAGAUUUGGACGGACUUUAAGACCCGAUUUAAUUUGAGACAAAUCGGAGAGUUUUACGGCUCUACUGAAGGCAAUGCAAAUGUUGCCAAUAUAUCGAACCGGGAGGGCGCCUGUGGUUUCGUUCCCUGUUGUAUCCCAUGGUUGUGUCGACUCGUAUACCCAGUGGUAGUCAUGAAAGUGGAUGAGAAGACUGGGGAACCCAUACGCGAUGAGAAGGGCCUCUGUAUUCCCGUAAAGCCGGGAGAAAUUGGCGAAAUAGUGGGCAAAAUUAAUGAGUCCGAUCCGGCCCGGGCUUAUCCCGGAUAUCAUAACGUCGAGGCCACUAAGAAAAAGGUGGUCUGCGAUGUGCUCACCACCGGAGAUAAGGCUUUCCUCUCAGGAGAUCUCAUGGAAAUGGAUGAGUUAGGCUUCUUGUACUUCAGAGAUAGAACCGGAGAUACCUUCAGAUGGAAAGGCGAGAAUGUGUCGACCACUGAAAUCGAGGCCAUAAUUCAGAAAGUGAUUCGUCUGAACGAUUGCGUGAUCUUCGGCGUCAGUGUUGAACAGUGCGAGGGAAAGGCCGGUAUGGCUGUCCUCAGUCGACCACCCAAUGGCACAAUCGAUAUGAAAAAUUUGUACUCAAGACUAAAGGAUGAUUUGCCCUCAUAUGCAGUCCCACUAUUCGUACGACUGGUCGACAAGAUAGAGCUGACCGGAAGCUAUAAACUCCAGAAACAUAGCUUAGAAAAGGAAGGCUUUAAUCCAAAUGUAGUGAAAGACGAGUUGUUUUUCUUGGAUAAAAAGUCCAAUAGUUAUGUCACAUUAACGCCACAACUCUACACAGAAAUACAAAGUGGAAAUAUUUUACUAUAAAUAAGUUAUAAAGCAUUUACAGUGCAUCGAAGUAAUUGACAUUAAAUUUAGAUAUCAAAGUACCAAAUCCUAUUCAACAAUUGACUGCUCAUUACACCAGUUAUUUAUAAAUCAAAUUUUAACAUAAA